AACACACAGAAAAGGCAGACCACCAGCCAUGGCGAACGAGGAGCUGGAGGAUGAGUUGUUAAACCUCGAGGCCAUCUUUGAUGAGCAGCUGAGGAUUGCAGAGGACCGCACCAGCGUGGAAAUGACCCUGAAACCAGACGUGGACGACGACGAAUGCUUUGUUCGCUGCGAUCUCCGCAUCACUGUCGGGGAUGCGUAUCCGAACAAGCCAGCAAAUGUGCUGGCUAGACAGAUUCGUGGGCUCAGCCCUAAACAACAGCAGAGCUUGCAGCAAACCCUCACGGACACAGCAGCAGAAUGCGCAGAAGCAGAGAUGCCGGCCAUCUUUGAGCUCAUUCAGCGCACCAAAGAUGUGCUUGAGGAAUGCAACUCGUCGUGCGUGGAGUGCGGAAUCUGCUUUGAAGCAGUAGAUGCGGAAACACGGUGCAGGACGCCGUGCUUCCAUUUCUAUCACAGAGAAUGCCUCGGCAGGCACUUUCACUUUUGGCGCACGGACCCACAACUUGACAUGAGUGCUGAGGCGUAUCAGGCAGCACGUCGCGUGACAAAGAGUAGAGAGGAGGCCCACGCACAUCUGCUCAAACUCAAAUCACGAGAGCCUGUACCGUGCCCCAUCUGCCGCGAGAAGCUGGCGGAUGAUGACAUCCCCUCCUUUGACUGGCGCCACAUCCGCCCCUACAAGAACGUCGAUAUCGAUAGCCAUAGUAUCCACCUGAGCCAGGCCAUGGUUGAGCAACAGAGGCAGCGCUUGGAUGUGUUUCGACACCAGCAACAGCAUGACUGCCUAAUCUCCAAAGGCAUCAAGAUCUAGCACAUGCGAGCAGCUUGCGAGCGCCAACAACAUGUCGCGUGGGCAGCAAGCGACAAGCCACACACACACACACACACACACACACGCAAAAGCAUAUACACGCACACACA